AAGAGUAGAAACAAAGCUCCGUUCUCUCUCACUUCCUCGCAACCCGUUGCAUGAUCGGUCGUACAUGCGCGCACUGUUCCCUUGGGUCCACAUAAAUUUUCUAGUCGGUUGGUUUCGACCAUUAAUGGAUCUCACUGCACAAGAUCAUGGUCCCAGAUAGCACCCUAGAGCCACGAGUCUUCUUGUGUCACAAGCAUAUGCGAACAUACAGAGACAGGUCGCCCAAUAUAUCUUGCCUGACAUUGUCAACUGGAGAUUAUUUGUCCAUGUUUCAAGGCAGUACUUGAGUGAUUCGCACCUACGGGGAUGAGCAGGAGGCAUGUCGAAGGGGGAAGUCGUGAAUUAGAUGGAUUUUAGCUAGUUGGAGACGUUUUGAGCCGCAUCACAUUUGAGGGGAUUACGCUUGUCUCGAGGAAACCUGCAGGAAGUGCUGGAGACAAUCCAGAUCAUAGAAUCACAAGGCAGAGGUCUGGAAUUCCAAGGAGGUGUGACUGAUUUGACCGACACUGAAAUCUGAAAUCUCUUGGAAAAUUUUGGAAAGGUGCCCAAAUCUUAAGCCUCGGAAUUUGAACGCAUGAAGCUGGGCGUGUGAUUCAUUGUCACAGAUAGACAAUAUCGAAGAUGGUUCAACCAAGAAAGCAGGUCGAUGUUUGAAGCAACUGCCCCUAAAGUGCUAUAUGCAUAAGUUCGAGCAAUAUUGGUGGAUAGAUUACUAGAUCCUAGCAACAUCAAUCAGCACUGACAUAUCUUGCAAAGACAGCCGGGCACAGCCGGACAGGGAGGUCAGGCCGAUAGAUUGCAGACCCGAUAGCUUUCACUUGCGGAAGACUCAAUAUGAUGGCUCGAGUUCUAGAGCAAACUUAGAUUCUGAAUUGGAUGCUUGUGAUUGUACGUUGACAUUUGGCUCUGUACGAAUGAGCACUCAUACAUCAAGAGUACAUACUCUUUGGUCUGAAGAUAAGUACGCUUCAUCUGCAAGUAAAUGAACAGAUUUACAUUGCUAAACUCGAGUCCAAACUGAGAGCUCUACGCGUUUUAAUUCCUCAAUUGAUACUGCUCGGGAGUUGCAGCUGAAGUGUGAGGUUCAGUGGGAGACGAGAGCAUCACUCGGAGCGUGCAGAUCGAUUACCUGAAAGUAUCGAGUUCUGGAGUAUCGGAGCCCAGAGGAGAGAGAGACCGCAAGGUCGCUCGUCACUCCACGUUGGAAGAGCCUACUGAUGGGGACUGUGGCUUCGAUUAUUGGCGGCAUAAGUGCUGUCAUUGCGUUCGUUGGAAUGGCGUACAAGGCCUACUGCUGUUACUGCGUCAAACGCGAUUCUCCAGGAUCCCCCAAGCAGGCAGCUGCAGCUGCCGCUGACAACAGCACUCGCUGCCCGCGCAGCAUCUGUCCACUGGGAGGUGGGAACGAUCUGGAGCAGGGAGUCGCUUUGGGCGUUCCUACAACAUCGUUCGGAUCUCCGCCUGUGUACGGAUCUGCUCAUAAAGGUCUGACAGCAUCAUCCAGUGGAUCGAACAAGGGAUCAAAAUCUUCUCAGAAAAGCCCGAAAGGUUUACCUGCGGUGAAGUCUAAGGCUUAUUCAUUUGAAGAUAUGCGAACUGCCACGCAGCAUUUCAGCAAUAAAAUCGGUGAAGGACGAUUCGGCCCCGUGUACCAUGGUCGGCUUCUUGCCCAGGAAGUAGCCGUCAAGGUUAUCUCGGUGAAUUCCGGUCAAGGAGCCAGUGAGUUCGUCAAGGAGGUGGAUCUCGUUGCAAAUUUGCACGACGAGAAUCUCGUCUCGCUUGUCGGACACUGCCAAGAGUCACCGCAUCAGAUGCUGAUCUAUAAGUACGUUCCAAAUGGAACUCUCCGCGAUCAUCUACACAAUCAAAGUACUCAACCAGAUCGACCUGCCCUUACCUGGCAGCAAAGACUCCACAUUGCACUCGAUGCAGCAGAAGCGCUGAACUAUCUGCACAAUGUCCACAAAACGGGACGACCGAUCACCAUUCACGGAGACUUGAAGCCAGGCAACAUCUUGCUGGAUGACAAACUGAACGGAAAACUUUCAGACUUUGGGAUUUCCAAGUUUGCAUCGGUGGAUAACAGCGGAGUUCCAACGCAAGUCAUCGGCACGCCCGGCUAUCUCGAUCCGGAGUAUUCGUCUACGAAACAGCUCACAGCUAAAAGUGACAUAUACAGCUUAGGAGUGGUGCUUCUGGAGCUGAUAUCAGGUCGGUCACCUAUUCAAUGUGGCCCGCACGGCAAACCCGACAGACAGUGGGAUCUCAUCGAUUGGGCCCGCAAUCUGAUUAAAGAGGGAAAGCUGAGCUCGAUGGUCGAUCCAGCAUUAGCGGGCAGGUUCGAGAAACAUUCCAUGGCGAAGGUGGCCGAGUUGGCCAUAUUCAGCGUGGAGCCUCAAGGGGUCAACAGGCCGAAAGCGUGCAAACUUGUGACAGGCUUGCUGGAAGCGAUUGCAAUGGAACAAUCGGAGAGCCACUCUAGCCCGUCGUCAUCCGGAAUAUCCAAGAGCUCGGAUCAGACAAGCGGCACGUCUGCCAGAAGGUCCACGUCUUCGCAGUACAGCACUGCAGACUCGGAAGCUUUAAUUUCGUUUCCCUCUUCUCAAUGUAUAGAAGCUUUAGAAGCAAGCCUUGGUCCCAGCUCCCCCGCAAACAUAAUCAUUCAAGUCGAUGCUAGAUGAAUACAGUUUUCGGAAUCGUUGAGACUUAAAACUCAGGUUAAUCAUUGGAUUGCCCCACCGAACUGGUGAACCUAUUGCCGUCAGGACCCAGAUAUCUCAAGACCUGGUGGUGGAUCGGUUCCUGGUGAGCAUAUGCGUUAAUCAGCUGUAGAUAGCUCUAAAUGGGAGUCAACCAUGAGUGAAGAAGGGUUCAUUUCUUGCCGUGAAAUCUAAUCACUAGAUAGGACUACGAAAGUCGAAUCUGACUUUCCUUUAGGCUCUCAGAUGCCAUGUUUCACACGUGUCUGGUUGAAGUCCCUGCGAUGAAAUUCCGUCGAUGUGUUGUACAUACAUAUUGACGGCCAACAACGAGGGUUGUGUCCAGGGUCAUGAAAUUGCGAGUCCCUUAGGGCCCUAGUUGCAAGUCUUCCGAUGAUAAAUGGACCGGUACGCGUUUGCCUGCCGCUCAGAAGAGAAUUGGUAAGACACAAUCAGAGCUUUUGCUUAGUGGCUAGCAGAGCAGGAGAAACGGCCGAGGAUCUGCCUCGGGCCGCCACUCGGCGAAGCUGAGCUUUAACGCAUCCAAAGAUCAGUUCGGAGGAGGAGGAGUUUGAAAACCGAAGGACUGGUGCGGUGCAUAUGCAACAUGCUAUUAAUGAACUUAUUUGAAACAUCAGAUAAACCUAACGAGAGGGUCGAGGUAACUUCAUCAUCCAGCAGAUCCUACCUUCAGAGGCAGCUGGAACUCUUCGUAGCUCGUUGAAGUCCGAGAGAGAGAAAGAGAGAGAGCGAUUGUUCGAGCUGACAAGGGCUGGAACGAUGGAAUCUCGAACUCGAACGUGAACCUUAACUUUAACUAAGUUUUGCUAAUUUGAAAAGUCGCAAGUAUAUUUCACUCAUUCCCGACAGUUUCUGACAGUGUCGUUCGAGAUCCUUGGGGUCGGGCAGAAACGAAGCCACUCAUCGACCGAGUCAAUAUGCUCAGCUCGUCAACGAGCUUGUAUAUUUACCGCCGAUUCAUAUUUAAGAUUUCUUUAUUCUCGUCACGACUGCAGGCCAUUUCCAGCUGCAAGCAUGAUUAGUGUCAUACUGCACGAAGCGAACGACAUGUACAUAAUUAAAUCAGCUUCCUUAUAUCAAUUCAACGCAUUAUUAUUCGGUC